AUGUUUGGAGCAGUUUGUUCAGGCAGACCGAUCCAGUUGGCCCAGCAGGUGGAGCCUACGAAAUAUGUGCUUACAAUUGAUAAUGCAGCCAGCAUAAACCAUGUAGCUGUGUUCUUGCUUCCCCAGACAGACUUCACCGACCCCAACUUUACAGCGUUGGUGUACUUCCAGCUUCUGAACAGUGCCGAGUUUAGGCUUCUUGGGGGACUCAAUCCAGUGAAGCCGUCGGCGAUUUUCAAAUUGAAUAAUACUAGUGGUCUGCUGACGUCGUACUUGGCUGACGACGAUGCUAUGAAUGACGACGCCACAGCUUCUGCCAAUGCCACUAUCAACAUUGGUAUAUCCAUUGAACCUACUCCACAAGCCGAGCAGUUGUUGCUGGCUGAAAAACAGAAGAAUUCCUCGGCGGUUGUCCCGAGAAACAAUGUUCCCAAGACAGCACCCAAGGCACCACUGGAUAUUGCCAAUUUGGCCAAUAGAAUUGUGAAACACGCUUAUAACUAUCUCAGUGGGUUUGUGGACCCUGCCGGGAAGGUGCCCAUGAAGGCGUUCGACACAUGGUGGGAAAAGUUCCGGACAAAGCUCCAGACCAACCCGAACUUUCUUGAGGAACUUGAUUAG